AUGGAGCUCUUGAAGACGUGGUUGGGCCAUCCGAAGGAGCUCUACAAACUUACGAAGUUCAAGAUGGGAGGCUACAAGGCAGUGAUGCCCAAGGUGGACGAGGAGUCGCUCAGCGCCAGCCUCCGCGCCUGCUACAAGCAUUUGAACCAGACCGGCCGCAGUGUCGCUGCCGUCGUCCGAGCGCUCGACGGAGAGUUGCGCGAUGCCAUGUGCAUCUUCUACUUGGUUCUCCGAGCUGUGGACACGGUCGAGGAUGACAUGACCAUCAAUCUGGAAACCAAGAUCCCCAUGUUACAGAACUUCCACUCCUACCUGUAUCAGCCGGACUGGAAAUUCAUGGAGAGCAAGGAGCAGCACAGACAGGUGCUAGAGGACUUCCCAACGAUCUCCUUGGAGUUCCAGAACUUGGCCAAGGUCUAUCAGGAUGUGAUUGUCGACAUGUGCCGCAACGUGGGCCUUGGGAUGGCUGAGUUUCUGGAAAAGAAAGAGGAUUCCAAGAAGAAUUGGAAUAUGUAUUGCCAGUAUGUUGCUCGCCCGAUUGGGAUUGGCCUCUCACGGCUCUUCUCUGCAUCUGAGCUGGAGGAGCCCAUCGCUGGACGCGACAUGGAGUUCGCCAUCUCCGUGGCCUUCUUCCUGCAGAAAACCAACAUUAUUCGAGAUUACCUGGAGGACCAAGUUGAAGGCAGAGAAUUUUGGUCCAGUGAGGUUUGGAGCAAGUAUGUGAAUAAGCUGUCUGAUCUGGCCAAGCCAGAGAACAUCGACAAGGCCGUCCAGUGCAUGAACGAACUCAUCACCAACACGCUCCAUCACGUUCCUGAUGUCUUGAUCUUCUUAUCCCAGCUAAAAAACCAAAGUGUAUUCAAUUUCUGUGCUAUUCCGCAGGUGAUGGCCAUCGCCACUUUGGCUGCCUGCUACAACAACAAGCAGGUCUUCAGGGGCACAGUGAAGAUCCGGAAGGGACAAGCUGUCACCCUGAUGAUGGAUGCCACUAACAUAGACGCUGUCAAAGCCAUCAUGUACCAGUAUGUGGAAGAGAUCUACCAGAAGAUCCCAAGCACUGACCCUUCUUCCAGCAGAACUCAACAGAUCAUCGCCUCCAUCCGAUCCAUGAGUGUACCCAGCAGUGCCCUCUCCCGGAUCCAUUACUCCCCUAUCUAUUUGUCCUGCGUUAUGCUCUUAGCCGCCUUGAGCUGGCAGUAUCUGAGCACCGUCUCAAAAGCAACUGAGGAAUUCGUGCACACGGGCGAGAACUGAGUACAGAGCUCCGUGGAUGUGUCGCUUUCUGGGAAUUUCCCCCGUUUCUCCUUCUCCCCCUCUUUGUGUGUGUGUGUGUGUGUGUGUGUUGGGGAACUGUUGGAUUCCCAGGACUGCAGGGAGCAGGACUCAGACUUUAAUCGCAAGCCAGUUGGGACUGGAUGUUUUAGCCUAGAAACCCCUUCUGGAUUUUGAAGGGUCUAACAGAUAGCUGCUUCCAAACUCGGACCUAAUUUCCCUUUUGAAUGAACUGGUUACAAACAAGUCUGUUUUGAGUCUUACUUUAUACUUUUUUUCUUUACUGCAGACUGUUUUGAUCUACAUUUUGGACAUGCUGCUUUUUAACUUGGAAGUUAAAGAUGCAUCUUUGUUGCUUGUGACUUUUGACAGUAAAAGAAAUGUGCAAGAUAA